AUGCCGAAAGUGCCCGCGGCGCUGCGUGGUCUGAAGCCAGGAGAUACCCUGGUGUUUUGGCCCACCACGCCAGAAUGGACAAAAGAGUAUCCGGAACGCUGGAAGAUCGGAGGAGAGCUCACCUUGGACGCCGUGAGUGAGUCGACCCCACGGCCCUGCAAGGCCACCUGGAAAGAUGGAGGGGGCACGGCCUGGCUUCUCUGGUGCGACGUGGCGCUUCCGGGGACCACGGGGGACACGUCCUGGAAAAGUAAAGAGGUUACCGUCUGUGGCAUGGACGGUACGACCCUGGGAACCUAUGAGAUGCCGGGGAGCACUGUCGGGGAGCUGUGUGCCAAGUUGGCCAAAGAACUCAGCGUGCCGAACAAGUUCCUCGUGGAGCUCUCCUUUCAGGACAAGAAGCUGGCGCCCGAGCUGUCCUUGCAGGUCCAAGGCGUUCCGGAUGGUGCAACUUUGACACUGGUGAAAGUGGAAGGCAAGUCCGUUGCUGGGUGCCACACCUUCGACCUCAAGUCCUACCCAGAAGACCGUUACAGCGAGUGGCAAGAGGUCCAGCUGAACGAGGAUGGGUCCUGUUCCCACGCAGAGGUCACAGCCGGGACGGGCCGGCUUAGUGCUGUAUCCACCACCGACAGAAAGAUCAAAAAGCACGGCACUUGGGCGGUAUCCUCGCGCACGAAGACGAAGGUCGUGGUGGUCAUUUCCUGGGAUGAUGGCAAGAGCGAGACGAAGACCAUCGACAUUUAG